AGCAAGGUCGUCGAGUUAUUGUGCAUUUCUUUGAAAAAUGGGAUUUUCAUCUGCUGCUGCUUGUGUAGGUCUUCAUAAUUUGCCAUGGAACUUCCACUCCCAUCGUCAAAGGGUUUUCAAGAUUCUUUGUUCGAGUGCUAAAGACACACAUCAGAGUCCGAUUACACUUGAGCUUUCAAACCCCAAUAAAGCACUCAGGGCUUCGUCUUCCCAGAUCGAAGCAGUUCAAUUUGAUGAAAGAAGUAGCCCCUUUGAGGUGAAGAAUGAGAUUGAAAUGUGCUAUGAGCUAAUACGAAGACUUGGAAGAGGCGUGGUGUACUUGGGUUCUGCAAGGAUGGGGCCAGGACAUGAACAUUAUAUCCAAACACAGGAAUUGGCAAGAGAGGUUGCAAAGCUGUUGGGAUGUACUUCAUGGUCAGGGGCUGGACCAGGCCUGAUGGAUGCUGCAACUCGGGGUGCUCUUGAAGCAGGAAAGCCGGUUGGUGGAUUCAAGAUUGCUAAAGAAGCAGGGGAAUGGACAGCAACCAAUUUUCAUCCGUAUCUUCCUUCUCAUGCUUACCUUACAUGCAGGUUUUUUUCUGCAAGAAAGCAUGGGUUGGUGGAUGCAGCGGUUAGAAGUAGUAAAGGGGAGAAGACGGGUGUGAUUGUACUACCAGGAGGGAUUGGCACUCUGGAUGAGGCUUUUGAGAUUCUUGCACUCAUCCAGUUAGAGAGGAUAGGUUCAGCACUUCCUGUUCCUUUUGUUUUGAUGAAUUAUGACUCCUUUUAUUCCAAGCUUUUACAGUUUCUGGAGGUAUGUCAAGAUUGGGGGACUGUUUCCAAAGGAGAGGUUUCCUCCCUUUUCAAAGUAUGUAAUAAUAACUCUGAAGCACUCGCAUAUCUUGCACAAUUUUAUAAUCAAUGCUAAACACUUGUAAUUCCUA